CUUAAUUCAGUUUUUCGUCAAUCUUAGGCCAGUCUAGUGAUCGUAUUGUUGUUCGUCAAAAUGAAUACGCUAAAGAAUUUGACCAUCGUAAUCUUGAAUUUCUCAAUGUUCCUAUAUUUCGGAUGGAUCUACUUGGGCUACGAUCGCAUUUCGAAUUUAGUUGCCAUUAAAGACGUGGAUCGGAAAGAAUUCGAUUAUAUCAUAGUUGGAGCCGGAACUGUUGGCUCAGUAAUUGCAAAUAAACUUUCGUCGAUGGGCAAUGUGACUGUGCUACUAAUCGAGGCAGGAACGACAUUCGGUCCCCUGUCAAUCAUUCCGUUGUUAACAACAUUUCAGCAAAACACAACUGUCGAUUGGGCAUUUCGAACCGUACCUCAACGGUAUUCGUCCACUGGUUUCGGUAAUCGCCGGCAACUUUUACCUCGCGGCAAAGGACUUGGCGGAUCUAGUCAGCUGAACUAUAUGUUGCAUUACAGCGAUGACAUUGAAAUGGAGUUCGAUAAAUGGGAAACGUUUAGUGGUAGUCGGUGGGGACGCACGAACAUGAGGAAAUAUCUGAGCGAGCCCAGUGAAGACGGUUGGAUCGAUUCUGAUUUAACAUCAAUAACCGAUUGCCACAUAGAAUUGAGUCACGAGUUUCGGAAAAUGGCCGAAGAGUUCGAGGAUUCGAACGAGGAUCUUGACUUUCAUUUAGCUAAAUAUCAUACGAAAAAGGGCAUCAGAUGGAACGUUUACCACAAAUAUCUGCGGCCAGUUUUUCGGAAUAAAAAUUUAAAAAUCUUACACAACACAAGGGCUCGAAAGAUCCACUUCACUGCGAACAGAGCUACGACCAUACUCAUUUCACCGGAAAACGAUUUUCAAAAAAUUCAUCUCGUUCACGCAAAACACGAAAUCAUUUUGAGUGCCGGCGCCUAUCAGACACCGCAAAUUUUGAAACUAUCAGGGAUUGGUCCAGCCAAUGAACUGAAGUCACUAAACAUAACGAUCGUAAAAGAUCUGCCAUCGUUGGGCUCCAAUCUAUUCGAUCACAUUCAUUUGCCGUUAUACGUUGCGAUUGACAGUCCAAUCAGCCUAACGAUGGACAAAGUGAUGAGCGCUGGGGAGAUUUUAAAGUAUUUGCUGCACGGAACCGGUUUCUAUUCGAACUUUGGAGUGAUUGGCUUCGUUGUGAGGCAGAAUGGUAGUGCGGUUGGUUUGUUUGGAACGGGAUCGAUAGAUGAAAAAUUGUUCCGUGGAGUGAGCAACUACAACAGGGAGACUUUCAGAUCGAUCUUUCCGCUGUACAACAAUUCCAAUCAGGAAGGAGUUGUCUUCCUUUGCUCAUGCCAUCAUCCCAAGUCACGCGGAACCGUGACUCUGAGAAAUAGGAAUCCCAAGACACCACCACUCAUCGAUCCAAACUAUUUGCACGAAAAGGACGAUAUCGACUGCAUGAUUGAUUCAGUCAGACUGGCUGUUCGUCUGGUUCAAUCCGAAGUGUUUCAGUCAUUGAAACCAAAAAUUCACUGGCCGCGAUUGCGACACUGUACAAACUUUGGUCCGACGGCCAAAGACUUUCGAGACAAUUCACCCAAUGAUCGGUAUCUGGAAUGCUUGUUAAGAAGUUCGUCAAUAACGUCGCAUCAUCCCGGUGGAACUGCAUCGUUGGGGUCGGUGAUCGACGACCGUUUAAGGAUACCAGGAAUCGAUGGAAUUCGGAUCGCCGAUGCGAGUAUUGUGCCGACUACAAUUGCUGGAACACCGAACGUCCUUCUCAGUGUGAUUGGAAGGCAUGCCGCCGACAUAUUUUUGAAUGACUUAAGCCAAACGAGAGCGGAAAAAUGUGAUCAAUUGAACACUGUCGUCAAAGAUGAUUGAAGAAUUGGGUUUGCAUUGAGGAUUAUAUCGUACAGACCAGACUACGUAGAGAUACGCAACG